AUGGCGCCAAUUACUGAAGUAUUAAGGCAAAUAGGUGCAGGUGCACAAUCCCUCGCUAUCCAUAUGUCAGAUCAACCAAAAUUUGUCCUUGAAAACAUCCCGAGCUUAACCCCUCCACCGGGAAUUAUGUCAAAUUUUCAGCACCGAGCAUCCAGACGAGAAAGCGUCAUAGUAGUCUCUACCUUAUUAAUGGCUUUAGGAUCAAUCUGUAUAUGUAUUCGGGCAUGGGCAAAACUCGUGAAUGUUCGUCCAGUCAAAUCACUUUGGAAAAUAUUCUUCACCGAGAGCUGGGUCAAAAUAGCUUGCACAUUCGGUGCUAUCAUAUCGUCAAUCUUUUACACAAUCCAUCUAAUUCUGGCAUUGAUCUGGGGAAUCCCGCGUAAUGGUGUACCAUGGAGACAUCAAAUGUUGUGGGAUUCUUUCUUCCGCAUGCAAACAUUAAGUUUACCUCGUGCUACUGUGGGGUUUACAAUUGAUACACAUGUGAUUAUAAUACCAUUGAUUGCUGUAAGUAAGUCAAAACUAACGCCGAGAAAGAAAAUUGGCGUGGGGUUGAUAUUCGCCACGGGAUUCAUUGCUACUAUUGGAUCGAUUCCGAGUACCAUCUACCGAUUAAGACUUGACGACAUGACGAUAAUGAUGAUGUGUUGUGGAAUCUUGCAGUCGUUGCACUUGUCAGCUUGCAUAUUAGAUAUCUCAAGAUUCGUCUGCAUGUAUAGAGGGAGAUUCAAAUACUUAAGCUGCUCAUUAUUAUCAUUUUCUGGUUGUAGAAAUAUGAUAAAGACAAGAAAUAUACGAAAAUUAACGAAACUUAAAGAUAAUAGUACCGAGGAUAGUGUUCAGGAAGAUGAAAACAAGCAUGAGAAGAGAUCUAUAAGAGUCUAUCCUGGGCUCGAUAUCUCAGAAACGCCUCACGCGUCUGCUUCUAAUAAUUCAGAGACGCCUAGACCGUUGAACGGGAACGAGAUGCCAUGA